AUGGCCGAACAUCUCACCAUCAAUUCGGCCCACCUGGCAGAUAAGGACCAGCGGCCCAACCUUCACAACACUGGCACAGCAUUCGGGGAAGCCGCAGAAGUCUCAGCAACACUAAUGGGCCUGCCCACAGAGAUCCGGCAGACGAUCUUCCGGCAUUUGUAUAGGGAGACGAAGAUUCGUUGGUAUGCGACACGAGUCCCCGCCGAGCGUGAUCCUGUCACCACAAAGCUGCUGGUAUCGAAGAAAUAUUUCGCGGAAGCCCGAGAAGUGCUCCUUCGAAGCGCAACAGCGAACGUCUGGGCAGCUUACAGUACUGCUGGGCACAAAUCACUCUCUUCCACCAGGGACUUCAGAAAACUCAGAUUCCUACACAUCGAUGCGUCGUGGGAGCCUUCAAAGGUCAGCGUCGCCUCUCUUACCGCAGUAUUGCGAACAAUGUCAAACCUGCAGAGUGUCACGCUGGACACAAACAGACAGCUCCGUCUUGCCAGUGGCUUCGAAAAAGGUCUCGGUCCUGAACGGGACUCCGGGGGCUACCUGCUUCCCAGACAACUAACAAACGAUGCCAUGAAGCAAUUCUGCGAGGCUGUCCUGGAAUUCCUCCUCGACUGUUUUUCUGACGGUGAUGAGGCGCCGCCGAUGGCUCAGCCAGAGCUUACAGCUAUACUGAAGAUCUGGAAUCAGCGGCGUCGUGCUUUUCGCGUCGUCGUGAAGGUCAGGACCCGUCGACAUGAUGAGGAUACAAAUACUUGGUUUGAUAGCGCUGUAGGCCGAUCACUCUGCGACUGGCGGAGGUCCGAAUCUGAUGCUGCGUACCACUGGUGGAGAACAGAUCUGGACCUAGCAACGAUGGCCGCGACUCUUGUUGAGAGCCAAUGGACCCUGGACAAGACACGUCGCCCCGCACCCUUGGUCAACGAAGGAGAUUUGCGGUGGCCACGGCAGUGCUGGAAGUCUAACUCGAGGAAUAUAUUCGACAUGAAGAUUGUGAUCGGGCAUGCUUGA